AUUACCAUAUGGCAUCUUCGAAAACUUUUCUUCUUCUUGGUCUUGUCUUUGCUGUUGUCCUUGUCUCCUCUGAGAUCGUCUCAGCUCGCGAGCUGGUUCCGACUACUGCUCAAACUCAGGAAAAUGUAGAGAAGGAUAACUAUGGUGACCAUUUUCACUGCCACGAGCAUGGACUUUGGGAGCAUGGCCAUUGCCACGGACACUGGGAGCAUUGUGGCCAUGGCUGCCACGGAAAAUGGGGACAUGGUGCUGCUGAGAGUGAAAUAGAGAAUUAGAUAUAAACCUAUAAUUUGCCUGUGGUAGUAUAUGUUGCAGGCAUGUUAUAAGGUUCAUAAAUAAAUCUUUGUUUGUCAAUAAAGCAGCAUUAAUUUGGUUGAGUAGAUCCAUAACUCCCAA